CAAGUCUCACAUCUUGCUCCUUUCCUUGUGCAUUCCCCGAGUCUCCAGCAGGGGAGAGCAGGAGAGAGGGGACUGAAGCCCGGCUCCUUCUGUCUCACGCACAUUCCCAGUCCCCCUGCCCAGACAGAGCUGGAUGCUCAUUCUGACAUUCUGCAACACAGCAUGGGAUGGGGAUUGGAGCAUGCCAGCUGAGUGUGAGACAUCCUGUCUGCUAGCCCCCAACUGUAGGACCCCAAGACAGGAGAUAAGAGGCUGAGAAGGUCUUUAAACUCUACUCUGCUUCAAGAAGGUUUCAAUAUACUUUCAGUACCAAGGACAGGGCCUACAUAUGGACCAAGAUGAAAGAGACGUUGCUGCAACAUCUUGGACAAUGAGAUCAACCUAACCUAUCAUCUAUGUGUCAUGGUAGCACAACAAACUACAGAGCAGGAGCCUGAUUGCGUUAUAAUACCCCAAAAAAGACGGAGCAGGAUACAAUUUACUACAACAUCAUACUGACAGCUUAGAAAGUGAUUGGAACUUUUCUUCAUUCAUGUAUUUCCUUAACUUGCAGUUAGUACCAAACCCAAGAUCCCUUGGCUUAGUAAUAUGCCUUUCAUUUACUUAUGCUACGAGGCAGAUACAGUUGCUCUAUUAAUACUAGUAAAUGUUAGUGGCACAAGCUAGGAUUUUAGUGUUUAGAACACUAAUUUUAUCAUCUCGGUGCACUAAUAUAAUACAUUAACUAGCAACUACUGUAAACGAACCUGAGUUUAAUAAACCUUAGGCAACCCAGCAUAAUACAGUCAGUUAAUACUCCUGGGUUUUAAACACUUCUCCUGACAUUUUCCUGCACAACAAAUAUACGCAUCCAUAUAUUCCAACACAUCCAAUUAAACAAACUAAAUAGACUUACUGUAGGUGGAUACAGCACAGCUUAGAACAUUGUUCCGGAACAGAUUGUGCAUUGUAUCAAUACUUCUUUGCAUAAAGCAGCACAUCUCACUGUCAUCCCAAUAUAAUGUGCUGCAAGCUCAUUGCAUUAACCCUAAAUGCUUCACAGUAAAUGCUGAUAUAAUUCAGUGUUUAUUUUAUAUCCUAGUAUAUUCAGAGACAGCUGUGGCUGACAUUGUACCGCUUCCAUGUCUUCUAAGAUAUCUUAAUCCCUUAAAGUGUUGUAUAUACCAGCUGAUCCCAUUUAAUACCGCACAGCAUAUUCCAGCACUGCAGUGUAUAUAAGUCCAUUACAUUGCAGUACAGCACAGCUUGGAGUUCUAGUUCAUUACAGGACCUGCAUUAGUUCAUUACCACUAGUGCAUACCGGCAAAUGGGCAACAUCCCCACUGUGUACAAAAGUGUUACUUCAGGAAUCACAGGAGCAUCCCAGGACAGGACAUUUAUGUGUAUGUACAAUGUAUAUCCUUCAUUUACAGAAACAUACUUCCUGACGUGUAUCUGUAAAUCUUAUUAACUCCAGUAUACCUUUUCCAGCACUUGGUUUAGCACAGAUUACACUGCAUUGAUAAUGAGCUACACAUCCCAGCCCUUCAUAUAACAUUGCACAUAGGUGCAUUCUAUUACAGCCAGGGAUAUCCCUAACUUAUAACUGCAGCCAGACGUUUCAUGCACAUAGGCAAUGUCCUGACAAAACAGCUAGAAAUUAAAAAUGAUGUUCCCUUAUGCCACUAUGACACCUGGUGUACCUAUCCCCUCCUGCGUGAUGUGAGGCCUCAAGGAUCCUGUGGACUUGGAAUGGCUGCACAAGGCUUUGCCUGGACUGUGGUGCUGAUUUUAUGCAGCCUGAAGCUCUUGGGAAUAGUUUCCAUGGAGACGGGAUUGUCGUUGGAGGUGUCUGGCCGGGUGAAGCGUGGCUGGGUGUGGAAUCAGUUCUUUGUGGUGGAGGAAUAUACAGGGACAGAACCACUUUAUGUGGGGAAGAUUCAUUCAGACUCAGAUGAGGGGGAUGGCUCCAUUAAAUACACUAUUUCAGGAGAGGGUGCUGGUUCCAUCUUUAUCAUUGAUGAACUGACAGGAGACAUCCAUGCAACUGAGCGUUUGGAUCGGGAGCACAAAACGUUCUACACACUACGAGCCCAGGCCAGAGACCGGAACACUGACAGACUGCUUGAGCCAGAGUCUGAAUUCAUCAUUAAGGUGCAGGAUAUUAAUGACAGUGAACCACGAUUUCUGCAGGCACCAUAUAUUGGAAGCGUCCCAGAGCUAUCUCCUGUGGGUACAUCUGUUAUGGCAGUGUCAGCAUGGGAUGCAGAUGACCCAGCCUACGGAAGCAGUGCAAGAGUGGUAUACAGUGUCCUAGAAGGAGAGAAGCACUUCACUGUGGAUAGCAAGACAGGUGUUAUCCGCACAGCAGUAUCAGACCUUGACCGGGAGUCCCAGGACCGCUAUGAUCUUGUCAUUCAGGCUACAGAUAUGGCUGGACAACUGGGCGGGCUCUCCGGUUCAACAACAGUCACCAUUGUCAUCACUGACGUCAAUGACAACCCACCAAGAUUCCCACAGAAGCUGUACCGGUUUAAUGUAAUGGAGACAGCUCCCCCAGGCUCAGUGAUUGGUCGGGUGAGAGCGGAAGAUGCUGACGUUGGAGAGAACACAGAUAUGUUCUAUCAGAUUCAACAGCAAGAGACAGCAACAUUUUUUAGUGUUACAACGGAUGCAGUCACUCAAGAGGCUGUGCUCAGCGUCCUGCAGCCUCUGGAUUUUGAGUCUCAGACAGAACACUCACUGGUUCUAGAAGCUCAAAACCGCUUUUUAGAUCCUCGCUUCUCUGAUCUGGGCAUGUUUCGGGACCAGGCAAUUGUGAAAGUGUCAGUGCUGGAUGUGGAUGAACCUCCCAAAUUUCACCCCCUCAGUGGGGUAAUAGAAGUGUCAGAGGAUGCACACAUUGGUUCUGUGAUCGGGGUAAUAACAGCCACUGACCCAGAUAAAGCCAACAAUUCAGUCAGAUACACAUUGGACAAAACAUCUGAUGAUGGCAUUUUUGAAAUUGAUGAAGAGUCUGGCGAACUCAGGCUAACCAAAUCCCUAGACCGUGAGACGUCUGGGUGGCACAGUUUGAUUGUACAGGCAAAGGAAGCAGAUGAUCCUCAAAAGAUUUCUGUCCUCUCACUGCGGAUACGAAUCCUGGAUGUAAAUGAUAAUCCCCCUGAGCUUGCUACACCCCAUGAAUCUUCAGUAUGUGAGGAUGCUCUGCCUGGACAGCUGAUUCAGACUAUCAGUGUGGUGGAUCGAGAUGAGCCAAUGGGGGGUCAUCGAUUCUACUUCAGACUUGCACCUGAUCCCAGCGCGGAGCAUCACUUUACUCUGCUCAAUGUGAAGGAUAAUACUGCUUCUGUACAUACACAUCGGAUGCCAUUUGAUAGAAGGGAGCAAGAUAUGUUUAUCUUACCAAUUCUGGUUGUUGAUGGAGGAACACCAGCUUUGAGUAGCACUGGAACACUAACCAUUCGAGUGUGUGGUUGUGAUAGUGCUGGGACUGUACAGUCGUGUAACACCACUGCCUAUGUGAUGGCUGGAAGUCUGAGCCCUGGCGCCCUUAUUGCCUUGUUGGUGUGUGUUCUGAUCCUUGUGGUAUUGAUUCUCCUUAUUCUGGCUCUGAAACGACAUCACCAGGGUCAUCUGACAUCAGAUGAAGAUGAAGACAUGAGGGAUAAUGUCAUCAAGUACAAUGAUGAGGGAGGUGGAGAGCAGGACACAGAGGCAUACGAUAUGUCAGCCUUACGCAGCUUGUACAAUUUCAGUGAGGGGAGUGAGGUUGGAGGGGACAGUACACUUGCUUCUCAACGUCACCCCUUGCCUCAGUGGUUCCCAGGAGCUGAACUGGACUUCUCACUCUUCAAAGACUACAUCAGUAGGAAAGUGAGGCUGGCAGAUCAGGACUCAUCAGUACCUCCUUACGACUCUUUCCAGACUUAUGCCUUUGAGGGCUCAGGCUCCAGUGCUGCCUCUCUAAGUUCCAUUAGCAGCUGGUCUACGAGUUCAGAGCAAGACUUUUCACAGUUGGGCUCAUGGGGUCCAAGAUUUCGCCAACUGGCUGCUCUAUACGCUGGACACAGGGGGCAGGAAGAAAGCCAGGGGUCCUAGCCCCAAUCAUUCCCUCGAUUUUCAGGGUACCAAAACCUUAUGCUCUAAUUACAGGGGCAGAACUGCUCCAUAUUUAUUACAUAUCAAUACGUUAACACCAUAUCUACUAUCACAAGUAACCUUGUCGCUCAUUUACAUUUCCUUCUCUGUGAAGUCCUUCAACAAUAGUCACCCCACAAAGUAAAUGACCACAUAACAUUACACAAGAUGUCAGUCAUUGUUUACAAAAUAUGUACGAUCUACUACACUCCACCCUAGUUAUCAUUUUUUUUCACCAUUAUACAUAUACUUUUCUAAACAUCAGUGACGUGUGGUCAGGGGAGCCAGAGCUUCACCUGUCAUACUCCAGAUAAUUUUUGACUAUAAACAUUAUUGGAAUAAUACAAAGAUUAUAUUUAUUGGCUCAUUUACCAAUGAGUGAUAAAUUUCACUGUGAGUGAUAAAUUGCACAAGCCAAUCAGCUCCUUAUUUCCAUGUAACGGGCUGUGUUUGAAAAAUAACAGGAGGUGAUUGGCUGGUGCAAUUUAUCAUUCACAGUGAAAUGUAUCACUUAUUGAUAAAAAAGGGCAUUCGAACUUAGAAAUAUCAUCUUUGUACUAUGCUAAUCAUUUUUAUAGUCUAAAUUCACAAGCAAAUCAAAUGUGUGUGUGAAUCUGGCUCUGAUACUAGACAAUGCCUCCCCAGCCAUUCAUCUCACCGCACCUCACUGCUAAACAUAUGUAUAAAGGUGAUAAAUUGCUUAGCAUUAUUUGUAUUCUUCCAUUAUUUUGGCCUAAAUUCUAAAAGUAAAUUACAGCAUAACACUCAUUUUGUUAUUUUUCAUGUCUUCAUUGAACAUGUUGAUCCAGUAUUCAGUGACUUUAAUGGAAAAGUAUGUGAACCUCUGCUGUAUUAAAGUGGCCAUUGGAGUCAUAAAUUCCAAUCAAGAUUAUUUUUCUUUUAUUACUAUAUUAUUGACUUGUAACGUGCCACAAAGCUCUGCAGCACCAUACAGCAAAUACACAUACAGUAUCAUAAGGGAAACAGGGACAUGACAAAAUAAAUGCAGAUAUAAAAACAAAGGAAUGAUACCGCUCUUAAGACAAUGAGAUGGCAAUCAGGUGUGAGCCUGGGUGUGUGUUCUCAGAAUACACAAGAAUAUUGUCACGUGUACCAUUCCUGACAUGGAUUGAAUUGUUGUUAUAUGUAAGCAUUAUUUAAUGCAUUAAUCAUGGCUGUAGGAUGUCUGGAAUAAACCAGAACAUUAUGUAGGAGAAGGUCAGGCUGAUGAAGGUUUCCCAGCAUAGCAGUACUGAUGGCGUGUAAACAUUCUAGUACGUAGACAAGACUAUAGUAAGUGCAGAAUAAAUAUUGCCCUUUGGAAUAGUCUUGACCUUUACUCCAUAGAAAUGUUGCUAUUACACAAAUGAAAUGAUUUGAAUUGAGCGGCUAAAAAGCAAAACAGCUGGAAAAUACCAAUCAGGUCAAGCAAUUUUUUUUUAACAAGGAAGCUCAAUACAGCACUGUACAUCCAAACCGAUGUGUGAUCUUGAUGAAAUGGUACAGGAAACAUUUAGUGGAAUACUUGUACUAAGGAACGUGCCACUUGUUACUCAAUCUAAAGGUGCACAUACGUUUUUCUUCAGACAACAAUGUUGGUUCAUGUUUAAUAAUGACAUGAAAAUAUGCUUAGAUCCCUGUCAUUUGUUUAAUCAGAUUCUGUUCUUGUGCUUUAUGGAAAUAUUAUAUUUUAGGCCAAAUUAUGGAAGCAACACAUAACAUUCUAAAGGGUUUGUUAACUUACUCUCAUCAUUGUGUCUCUUCCCUCCACCAUCACCAACCUAAAUCCAGCAUUUCCCAGAUGUUGUCUUACAUCUAUCUGUUCAUCAGCCCACUUCCAUUAAUGUCAGCUGGGAUUUAGCCCUCUAAACAAGGCAAUUUCUUCAGAUUCCCAAAACAGCUGAAUCUAACAGGGUAACCUCGAAGGAUUGACACCUUAUUUUUACGAGGACAGAUCUGCAGUAUUAGUUGUCAUUGACUUUGUAAAUGCUAUCACUAUUCAUGGUAUCAACUCUUGGACCUGUGAUCUUCCAUCCACAUUGUCUACACAGUGCUGUUAUAAUGGCUCGGUCCCCCACAAUGCACUACCACAGGUCCUAGAGGAACUGACAUUCAUUUAUCAUUGUUCCUCAGAGGACAAAAUAAAAGAUUCUUGUACUAA